AUGGCGAAGCUUGAAGCAAAACUCGGAAUGAUAGUUGACUCCGUUGGUAACUUCUUCUCUGGCAAAGACCAGCUUCCCUUGUGUGACCCUGCUCUAAAUGCAAGUGGUCUUGACAAAUUUCUUAAAUCAAUAGGAAGAAAUCCCUCAUAUGUUGAUUUGGAGACAAGAUUGCAGCUUCUGGUUACUAUGUGGUUGUUCCAGACUUCUUUUAUGGUUGGAGAAGAUGUCGUGGGAGAACCAACCAAGUCGAUGCAAAAAAUUGGCUUGGAUAUGCGAGUUUUAGCUCUAGUUAAUGAUUCCAUUGGAACACUAGCUGGAGGCAGAUUCUACAAUCAAGAUGUCAUUGCUGCUGUGAUCCUUGGUACAGGGACAAAUGCAGCAUAUGUUAUAAACAUGGAGUGGGAUAAUUUCCGAUCCUCACAUCUUCCUCUAACAGAAUAUGACGUAGCUAUAGAUGCUGAAAGCUUAAACCCUGGAGAGCAGUUGAUUUCUGGUAUGUAUUUGGGGGACAUUGUAAGGAGAGCUUUAUUGAAGAUGGCUGAAGAAGCUGACUUUUUUGGAGAUACAGUUCCCCUCAAGUUGAGAGUUGCUUUCAUACUCAGGUAUAUCAUUGUUAUCUGUGUUUAUGCUGCUUUUGCUCUUCAUUAUUGUACACAAUCAAGGCAUCUAUAUAUUGAUACUGCACGAAGAUUUGAAAGCUCUAGCACAACGGUGACAGCACAAAAUCCUGAGAAAGAUGGAACAUUUGUGACUAAUAGAGAGCGAGCAUAUGGAGAUUCAUCUUUCCGGAAUUGCAAGCUAGCCUCUGAGGAAGCAAUGGCUACAAUAGUUAAAAACUUGCAGGGGAAGCUAUUUUCAAAUUCUGAAUCAAUACAAAAGAGAGCUGAAGCUGCAGUGCUCCUUAAGCAGUUAGAAUAUCCGGCUAAAGAAUGCAGCUUCAAGAAUUGGCUUCAUUUUUUUUUUGGUUUUUUCGCAUUCCAAAAGUGCUUCUCCCAUGCUCCAUCACCUUCUCCCUCUCAGAGUUCCAAAGCUAAUGAUAAAGAUCCUCAUUCAGGUCCAUCUUCCUUGAAGGACAACAAGCUUGCCAAGUUUGCCGCCAUUUCUGAUACCUGUGGUAAUGGAACAAUUAGAAUUGCAAGCUGA